AUGACAACAAUACAAGAUUACAAAAGCAAGCUAACUCAAGCUAUUGAUAAAAUUAUAAUGCAAAAGAUUGAGGAAGAGAUUGGAAAGGGUUUCAAAACUUAUAUAGAAAAGCUAGAGCAAGAUUACGAUUCUGAGUCUGAAGAUGAAUUAAAAGAUAUUAUAUCUAUUCGUAGACCCGCAAUCAAGAAUCCUGUUACUACCAAUGAUAUGUAA